AUGACGACUUUAUCCUCCUCUGCAAUGACAACUACUAAUACUACUACUUCGACGACAAGCCACCAUGACAAUCUCUUGCAAAAGCUAGAGCGCAACGAUUCCUUCACGACUUGGUUGACCCUGAGUCGCAAUCACCUUGGAAUGGAUCUGUGUCGGCUGAGUGCUGCCUUGAACGCCAACAGUCACAUUACCAAAGUUUCCUGUCACGCCCACUUUGUGGCCAACCUUUCCACUCACUCCUUGACGCGGUUGCUGAAAGCCUGUGCCAGUCUAUCGGCACUAGAGGAACUAUGGGUCGCCUUGCCGAGCAAUCGAUCGCAUCUCUCCUCCACAGUCGUCGAGACCAUUGCGGCCGUGAGCAACAGCAACCUGAAAAAGUUGUCUAUUCGAGGAGUCAAUCCAGAGGCUUGCAGUACCGUGGCGCAGUCGCUGUCGAGUGGUGCGUUGGUGCAGCUCGAAGAACUCAACUUGUACGGGGACUGCUCCACGGCGGCUUGCUUGGACGUGUUGCAAGUGUUGGAAACUACCAAUACAUGCUGUAGUUUGCAAAAGCUCGUGCUGCCUCGUGUCACUGUCAACACCGCCUGUUGUCAGAGUCUGGCGCGUGUCUUGACUGUCAACCGUACUUUGACCAAACUGGACUUUUUGGGUGGCGCUUCAACAAACAACAAUGCCACUACGACUGGUGGUUCAAAGAAGACCAAGGCAUGUCAAGAGGUGGUCGACGUACUAGCAUCGGGACAAAAUACCACCCUGACAAGUUUGCAAUUACUGGACACGAAUCCCGAGCUUCAAUCGGCAUUGACCUUUUACACAGAGAUCAAUCGAGCCAACAUUCCAGCCCUACUGCAGCAAUCCACCAUUUCCUGCGAGGAAUUUUGGCACGUCGUCCAACAAGGCAACAACAACAGCAACGAUUGCAGUCUGCUCUACCAUGUACUCUUGCAGGCACCCCAGUGGCUCGCGUCCGGCUUUGACAACAAUCGCAACUCUUCUAGUAAUGGAGGAUCCUUCCAAAAGCAAAAACUGUCUCCCAUCAAGACGUCACGAAGAACGUCUCUUCCCUUCUUGUCAAAACCCGUCCGGAGGGUUGCCACAGUUGCCACAGUAGUACCCACCAAGAGUAACAAUAAUCACGUUGUCGUGGACAAGACUCAUCGACGGUGCAGUGAGCCCAUCCUCCGCGUGUCCGUGGCAGAUUUGUGCGCUUCCGAAAUGGAUCCUUCUACCGAGGAAACUCCAAAACAAGUUUGUCCCACUAAAAAGAGCGAGGAAUAUCCUUCCCAGCAUGGUGACAACCAAAAGGACGACUGUGCCAUGCCUCUGACGGUGGACCAGCCACUGGUCAUCCAGCAGCGAAGCGUCAACAAGACGUUGCAAAAGACAACAGAACCCGAAAACGAGCAAACUCUUCCCAAAUGGAAUGAGAGCCGACCGAUUUGUCCUCGUUACAAGGCUCAUAGUACUCGUAGUGUGCCAAAAGAGCAGGCCCGCACGACCAUCACUUCGACAUCGUCCUCGUUUGCCAUUCCAUUGACAAGACAACAUGAAAACCACAAGAACACAACUUCCAACAACAACAACAACAACAACGGUGAAACGAAAAAGAGGGUCUCGAAAGUGCUGCAGACAGCUCAUGUCUUUGGGGAGCCAGCAGCCUUUAGCACUCCUUGGAAGGGUGCUGAGCUACGCGCCUAA